AAGUUUACCUCAAGAGAGACUGAUCGCACAGUGUAUUCAGGUCAGACAUUCAGCAGGACUCGUUAGCUCGCUCGCUCACUCACUCACUCACUCACUCUCACUCGCUCACUCACUCACUCGCUCACUCACUGUCGUUAGCCCAUUCUCCUCCAUGUCUUCAGUCAUUCAGCAGGCGGACCUCACUCCACGCAGUCAGCCGCAGCACUGACUCCGAUCAUUUUCCCUCUCGUGAGUCGUGACGUCAUCAGUCUCCAGUCAAUCUCCUCCACCCACUCGAUCAUCGCUACUCGCCUCCAAGCGAACUGAGCUCCCUGGAAAUACAUCCGUUUUGUCACCUUCGUUUAUUGUCACUCCUGACGUUCACCAUCCCUCCAUAAGCUCACAGGCGGAAGCGCGGGAACGCGCCAUAGGCUAACGGGCUGCUGCAAUCACUGUGACUCGCACAAACUCAGUCCACGUGACGCGUCAAGUGAUUUUUCUAACAGCCACCGAUAUAAGAAACUCGAUUAAGUCCCCAGAGAAACUCUGACACCUUGCGCUUUGGAUCAGUCGCUUAGAAGCAGUCGCCUAGACACAGCCGAAACAAUCGGCAUUUAAGCAUAAGAGAAUACACGGCAAUGAGGACUUCAGUACUGUAUCGAGUCACACAUACUGCGUUUAUAUUUCUAUCGGCGACAAUUUGAUGGAGGAACAGAUAUCCGGCGCGUCUGUUGCCGCAGGUGACGGAGCCAUGGGCGUGGACGUAGGGGAGGAGUCGACGCGGCGGCCACAUCGCUGCGAGUAGUUUAGGGCAUUCUGAAAAGUCACCUGAAAAACCACCUGAGGGUUCUCCAGUGUCGCCUGCGAUGGGCGUGGACGUGGGGCAGGAGUCGAAGCGGCAGACGGACGUGGUGUUCGACGGGCACCGAUGGACCAAGUACGGCCAGAAGGUGCUGCUGCACUCCAGCUUCGUCAGGUCCUACUACCGCUGCAGCUUCUGCAGCGUGGCGAAGGGUUCCUGCCCGGCGCGCAAGCUAGUGGACCGGCACCCGUCCAACCCCCACGAGAUCCGCAUCGGGUAUCACGGGCGCCACAACCACCCGGGCAUCAGCCCCACGUCUCCCACCAUCCAGCGCUCCGUCACGCCCCCAAGGGACCUGUCUGAGGCGUCCCACGGCAUGGCUGCUGCUGCUGCCGCUGCUCUCGCUGCUGUGGAGGCCACAGCGCCCGAGGACGGGUACCUGUGGGACGCGCCCAGGCGCCAUAAGCCACUCGUUGGCUCCAUGUACAUCAGAGUGGUCUACAGGUGCUCAUUCCACCCAGAGCCCAACACUCGCUGCCCAGCGGUGCGCGUGGUGGACAUUCACCGCUGCAACGCGUCCUCCCUGCAGCUGACCUACACGCGCCCCCACUGCCACCCCCAGCCAGUCCGCAUCCGCCUCACCCGCCGCUCCACCACCCCCCGCGCCUCCACUCCCCCCUCUACCACGCCCCCUUGUACCACCCCCCGCGCCACCACCCCCCGUGCGCGCUCCCUCCCUGGGGGUAGGCGCAAGGGGGAGGGGGGCGGAAUGAACGCAGGAGUAGAUGGAGAGGUGGGAGCAGGGACGGGUGGGAGUGUUGAGCCGUUGAAUGCUGGCACCGUUGGUGGCGGGGGAUAUGGUGGUGGUGGUGAGGGAUAUGAUGGUGGUGGUGGUGGGGCGUUGGGUGCAGGUGGUGCGUCUGGGGCUAGUGAGGGCUUCGGUGUGGGCCCCCCGCUUAAGAGAGCAAAGAUUUCAACUCCUUUUAAUCCAGCAGCACCUUCAAACCUAGCAGCACCUUCGAAUGUGGCAUUCUGCCCGCUCGCACGCACGGUGUCAGGGCAGGACCAGUCGUGGGGGGCCAUGAUGGGGGCCGGGGGGACCAUGGAAGGGAAGGGGGGAGGAGAGCUGGAAGGAGGGAGGGGGGGAGGAGCACAGGGCGUGGAAGGAGGGUUGACUAGAGCGUUUCGAGAGGCUGAGGCUGGUCAGGGUGCAGCACGGAGUGCGCUUGGGUGUGGCUCGUUACAAGCAGAAUCGUUACAGCAGCUGCAACAGUUGCAGCAGCUACAGCGAUUGCAACAGUUGCAAGAAUCGUCCUGGCAGCAGGGCGAGCAGCACGAGCAGCAGCAGCAGCAGGGGCAGAAUGAGGAGGCAGAAGCACGGCAGCAGAUGCAGCAGCUGCUGCAACUACAGCAGCUACUGCAGGGAGAGGAGCUGAACCACCUGAAAGACUUGCAGCAGCAGCAGCAUCAGCAGCAUCAGGAACAGCAGCAUCAGCAUCAUCAUCAUCAGCAGCAGCAGCUAGGGCAGCAGGAGCAAGAGCAGCAGUUACAUCAGCUAUCGGAAUUGCAGCAGCAGUUGCAGCAGUCGAGAGGAGCAAGCGCACCGAGUAGAGCCGACUCCCUGGCACAAGACAUGAAGGGAGGUGCCACCGUGUCAGCAGCUGACGUGGCAUGCAAGCGCAACCAGCAAGGUCUGAUUGGUCAGCAGCAACCGGGCGCUGCUGGGAGUAAAGAUGGUGCUGCCGCUGGUGGUACUAAUGCGGGUAAUAUUGGUGCUGCUGGUGCUGCUGCCACUUGCGCUAGGAGUCAUUCCCUACAGCACCAGCACAAUCUCUCGCCUGCUGAACUCGUUGCUGCAGCAGCUGCUGCGCUCACUGCUGCUGCUGCCCCCGCCGGAGCUGACUCAAACUCCCCAUACAUAUCACCUCACCAACGCACAUCACCGCAUUCCACUCCUCUAGACAGCAUCACCACCGCAACGCACACCUGCCAGGUCCCCAUACCUCCUCGUUUCCCCCCCCCAGGGCUUUCCCUGACUGGCGUUUCUCCUGGUAUCUCACCUGGGAUUUCACCUGGCGUCUCCUCUUUAGGAGGGGCCUCUGGCAGAAGGUUCGGUACAGACCUAUUUCCUGCCGAGCCUCUUUUAGGCUCGGCACCAAAGCUCGCCCGGACCAGUGGCGCCGCCAUGGCGGGAGGGAUGGUGGCAGGUUCGGGCAGAGGCACAGGAGCGGUAAGAAGGGGAGGUGGGGAAGCAGCAGGAGAAGCAGGGGGAGACGCAGGAGGAGACGCAGGAGGAGACGCAGGAGGAGAGAGGGGGGUGCGGACUCGACCUGCUGCUGCUGCUGCCAUGGCUUACCUUGCUGGGGGGCGGUCUGUGUCGGCGCCCCUGCCCAUCCCCCGCCAGUCGUCUUUGCCCCACAAUGCUGUGUUCCCCUCGUCUCGAUCCCUUUCCCCACUGAAAGAGCAGCAGCAACAGCAGCAACAACAGGAGCAACAGCAACAGCAGCAGCAGCAACAGCUGCUGCAACAACAACAGCAGCACCAACAGCUGCUGCUGCUGUUGCAGCAGCAGCAGCAGCAGCAGCAGCUGUCUCGCACGCAUUCCCCCACAACCACUCAGGCAGUAGGCCUAGCCCCAACCUCCUCCCCUGCUUCCCCCACUGGUGCUGGCGUGAUGACUGGGUUACACUUGCACAACGCACCAUCCCCCACCCACAGAAUGCCAUCACCGGCACACAGGGUACCAUCCCCCACCACCACCAUAGACCAGCAGCCAUGGCCUGCAUUGCCCUAUUCUGCUCGCUCCCCAGGUGCAUUCCCCUCCUCCUCCCCUGCUGGCAGCACCGGCACUGGCCUAAGCACUGGUACUGGGCUAAGCACCGGCACUGGCCUAAGCACUGGUACUGGGCUAAGUGCAGGUGUGGGUUUAAGUACUGGCACUGGGCUUAGCACGGGGGGGCUGAGCACGGGGGCCUUAAGUGGAGGAUGGCUGGGAGAGGGGUUCAAUGCAAUGGGGGCGAGUGGUGGGGCGGACAGCCUGGGAGUGGGGGGAGUUGGGGGAGCGGGGGGAGUCGGGGGAUCAAGGGGAGUAGGUGGGUUAGAAACGGGUGGUGGGGCAGAAGGUGUGGGAAUCGGAGGGUUAGGAGGCCUUGCAGGGUUUGGGGGUUUUGGUGGGUUGAAUAGAGCAGGGCCGGUGGCUGGUGAUUGUGCCUUGAAUGGGAUUGAUGAGGCCCUGGGUGGUGGUGGUGGUGUGGAUUCCAUGGGUGCUGGUAUGGGGCGCAGUGCGAGUUCAAUAGCGGCUGGGCUGGCCCAGAAUCAGCUGCAGCAGAUGCUGCUGCAGCAGGAGCAGGAGCGGCUGCAGCGGCAGCAGCUGCAGCUGCAGUUGCAGCAGGAGCGGCUCAAGUGGCAGCAGCAGCAGGAGCUGCUGCGACUGCAGAAGGAGCAAGAGGAGGGAGAGCAGAAAGGGGAGCAAGAGCAGCUGUUUGGAGGGCGGGAGAUGCAUGAGCAGCAGCAACAGACCAACUCACAGCAGCAGCAGGAGCAACAGGAGCAGGAGCAUCAGCAACAGCAGCAGCAGUUGCAGCAGCAGGAGGAGCAGCAGCAACACUUGCGGCAGCAGGAGCAGGAGCAGCAGAAGCAGGAGCGGCAGCAGGAGCAGCCGAUUUUUGCACGAAGGAUGCUGGCCCGGCAAGGUCUCCUAGAGCGGCUCCCUAGCGAUGCGUCAACUGCCGGCAACCUGGCGAGCGUGCGAGGAUUCAGCCUGCUGCACAUGCAAGCUGGUGCUGACGCAGAGGGAGAGGCCUUUGCGGCAGGAGCAGCUGCUGCUGAUUUCCCUCUAGGGGUUGCGGCAGAGCUGGGCGCAUCCACAGGCGUUUCUGUAGGCGUUUCGGGGGGAUUUGCUGACCCAGCUGUCUCUGCCGGUAGCAAUGCGCGGCCAGCCUGGUUGGGAGCAAGGGAGGCAGCAGCAGCAAUUGAACUGGAGCCUCCUGACGACCUCCCCUCCUUCCUUAGGGAUAUCCAAGCAGGGGGGUUAACCAUGCUGGGGGGGGAACAGGGGGGAGGCGCAGCAGGGGGAGGGGGAACAGCAGCAGCAGCUGGGGUGGCAGGGAGGGAGACAGUGGCGCGGCUAGCAUCAAUGGAGGGACGAGAGUUGCAGAACCUGCUUCGGUUUGGCAGCAUGGGGGGGCUGCUAGCCCCGCCACUUACCAGGCUGGGUUCCCUGGCAGCAGGAGGGGGGGCAGCAGCAGUGGAGGGAGCAGCAGCAGCAGUGGAGGCAGCAGCAGCAGCAGUGGCAGGGAGGGAGUCAGUGGCGCGACUAUCGUCAGUGGACGGGCAAGGGCUGCAAAACCUGCUGCGGUUUGGCAGCAUGGGGGGGCUGCUGGCCCCGCCGCUUACUAGGUUGGGUUCCCAGGCAGCAGCAGCUGCUGCGGCUGCUGGUGCAGCGGCUGGUGCUCAGAGACGAAGUCCCGAGCGUCCCUCCUUGGACCCAGCAGCAGCAGCCCCAGCAGCAGCAGCCCCAGCAGCAGCAGCAGCAGCAGCAGGAACAACAGCUGCUGCUCUCUCGAAACCUCCUCGCAACCGCUCUCCCCCGCGUCGCCCCUCCAUCUCUCCACCCACCCAUCGCCAUCCCUCCCCUCUGUCUGGUCGCCCCCCCUCCCCGCCCUCUCAUCCCUCCCUCUCCCCUCCCAAGCGCCGCUCCCUCUCUCCCCCCACCCAUCGCCUUGCCCGAGUUGAUUCUCUAGCCUCCAAUUCCCCUCCCCCCCCGCCCCCAUGGGGAAAAGCACAGGCAAGGGGUGGUGGACUGGGGAUGGGCGGGCAUGGGGGAAAGGAGGCACCCAGCAGCAACAGGCGAGGAGAUCUCCUGACUCUGCUGCGGUAUGGCAGCAUGGGAGAACUCAUUCUCGCCUCCAGGUCUCCUCCCUCUUCCCCACUUCCUGCUGGCUCUCUCCCCGGUGCCUCCCCUCUUGCCCCUCGAGGGAAUUCCGCCCAUCCCACUUCUCCUGGCAGCGGCCCAACUCCAGACAUACGCACUGCUGCUGCAGCACCUGUUGCUGCUGCGAAUGCUAGCGAUGCUGCUGCGGAAGGCGGGCUGGGAUUAAAUGGGCAAGGCACGGUGCCUGGGCGCAAUGCAACCAUUAUCAGCAGCCAGCCCAAAGUGGAGGCGGCAUGGGCAGAAACGGGUCGCAAGGAGAUUACUCACGCUGCCACGGGCCGGCGCGUGGACAGGUUUUAUUUCGGCUGCUCCGUUCUGGGCUGCCCGGCACGCAAAGUCGUGGAUGUUCAGCUGCCCAGCUGCCGACCUAUGAGCCCAGCUGUAGUGGAUAGUGUGUAUUGCAGGGGGGAGGGGGCGGGGGAGAGAGGGAGAGAGGAAGGGGAGGAGAGAAGGGAGCGGAUGGAGGAGAGUGGUGGGGAGGGCGGUGCAGGGGAAGGAACGAUGAGUGAGCGAGGGAGGGGGAGCGGCACACGCAUGCAUGGCAAGACGAAUGGAAUGGAGUCGGGUGCAGCAGGGGGAGGGAACGACUGGGAGGGGGAGGUCACCGGGCAGGUGACAGAAACGUUCUACGGAUUCCAUCUGGGGCACCCCCCCCCCUCCCCCUCCUCUCUCUUCCGCUCCUCACCCACCGCUGCUGCUGCUGCUGCCGCCGUCACGGCCUCUGGAGCUCCACCAGUGGCCCAGGCCGGCUUUGACGUGCCUCGGAGUAACGCUGUUGCUGUUGCUGGCGGUCCCCUGCCAUCAGCCCCGGCAGGAUUUGAGGCGAGAUUUGGAGCACCUCGACGCACCAUCCACCGAGUCUCCUCCCUCCCACCUACCUCCUCCUUACCACUGCCCUUGUCUCGAGGCGUUCCUGUCACACCCGCUGCUGCUGCUCCUCCUGCUGCUGCUUCUGCUGCUGCGGCUGCUGCUGCUGCGGCUGCUGCUGCUGCGGCUGCUGCUGCUGCGGCUUGUGCUAAUGCAAGUGUGCCUGACCCUUUUUACUCCAGUGCUCGUCCCAUCGCCGCUGCCCUUCCAACCACACCUGGUCCUCCCCUUGGGUCACUCAAACGAUCAAUCGGGCUUCCCCACUCUCCGUUGCGGUCCGGAUCGCAAUCCCCCAUCCCCCAGUCCCCCACCCAUCCCGCACACCCCACCUACCAGCCCUCCCCCCCAGCCUCAUCUCCCCAAUCUCCCCUCACCUCUGCACCCACCUCCUCCCCUGCCUCGUCCAACCUGCUCGCCCCUCUCCCGCGCUCCCUCACUCGCCAGAAACCCGUGCCUUCUCUCUCUCCCAACCGCGACUCCUUUCCGGGCAGCUAUGAUGGAAACGGACAGUUGGAAGGCAUGCAAGAUGAAUACGCCAGCUAGGCGAACAGGCUGGCUUUUUGCAAGUGGUUAUGGCAGUGAUGUAAGGCAAGGUGGGUUUUGCAUGGUCUGCCAGCUGUUUACCCCCAGGAAAACAAGGUUACAUUCUAUAUAUUGUGACAUCUUUGUUUGAAUCAUCAUU